CGAGCGAGAUCGUUGUCGUACUUGUGAGGCAGUUUACAGCAGCUCGAGAGACGAGGGGAAGCAGCAUGCCGUGAGUGCGCGUGAAACCUCGUGGAUGAUGUGGUGAUACAGUCACGAUUACAACGAUUUGCUCCUCUUGUGUCUUCAUUUACGAGAGUGACAUCAUUGUAUCGCAUCCUCGUCUCUUCGUGUUUUUCACAUUCGAGUCAUUCUUGUCGCUUCUGGAUAAUCGUCCGAGGGAAGAGCCACGCGAUUUCGAAUGUUCCGAAAUUAACGAGCCUGUGCACAUACGAGCACGUAUGUAUAUGUGCACGGACCAUAACCUAUGUCCCUGGCGCGAAUGGUGUGACUGCAGAUUGUGCUCGCUGGUGCAUGCAUAGUAUAUGAAUCGCCUAGGUAAUCUCAAUUUGAAGGAUCUUUCAUGGAAGAUAGUUGUGCGUGUUCCCGAGGACAGUGCUCGAUUUAGGCAGGACAAUUCAGGAUAACGUCAAGGCAUUUCGCGUUUUGGAAGGUUAAGUUUUCCGACGAGACGUUUCGACGAGAAGACGCCAGGUCAGUGAGUCACGUGGUGUCGCCUAUUUCUCAACUCGUGGAGUGUGGCUUUCAUCAAAGUUCUUCCAUCAAUGUCCAGAUUGACAUCUACCUCCAGCGACUUCGUCUCUUAUAAUUGAACAUGAUGCUAAUUACCUAACAAAUUGGGCUAUACAAACCAAUUGAAUAUAAAUCCUUCCAGUACCAUGUGUAACAAACUAUAGAAAACUCAUCGAGAAUAUUUAGGCUAUUUAAUGAUUAGUAUAUACCUUAGCGUCAUCUCUCAACUUAAUAGUUAUUUCUGCAUCGAGAAAUACUAUUUUCUGCAACAAACCAACCAGAAACUUGAUAUAUAUCGAUUAACAUUAUCCAGUGAAGAUGACCAGCAAACUGGAGGAUGCAGAACAAAAAUGGACCUGUGAAUAUUGCACUUACGAGAAUUGGCCUUCCUCCUUAAAGUGUACUAUGUGCAGAGGCGCCAAGCCUCUUCUAGGUGAAGACAUUUACCGUCUUCGGGAUCCCAGCCCCCAAAGAGGCUUCUCCAAUGCUGUUGCUUCCGGUCCCGUGCCCCAAAUGAGCCCUACAGACAACUUUGCCUCUCAGAAUUAUAGCCAGAACUUGCCUUCCGCCGGAAAGUGGACCUGCAGCAUGUGUACUUACUUGAAUUAUCAGAAUGCUACGCGCUGCGUUCAGUGCGGCAGUCAGAAGGCAGGCGUCAAUCAAUCCAUCAAUUCGUUAGCAUCAAAUUUGCACGAGCAUUUGGCGCCGUUGAGAUUGGCUGAAGGAUCGCCAAAUUCAGAAACUAAUUCUCAACUGAAUUCUUCGCUGAUUAAUCUGCAUCCGGAAAGAUUGUACAAUAUACAUCCAGAAAAAUGGUCCUGUCACGCGUGUACUUACGAGAAUUGGCCGAAAGCAACGAAAUGCGUGAUGUGCGGUUAUCCGAAAGAGAAGGAUAAGCGAGACAAGAGUAUCCAUGGAAACGUAGGAGUAAUUUUGCCAAGUCCUGAGAGAGACCAUAGUCAAAGGGGUUUGCCGUCGCCUCCACACGCGCCCUAUAUUCACCAAACACAGAGAGAAGAUAAUCUAGCGAUAGGAAGGAGAGGUCCACAUAGGUAUACGGAUAGCCGAAAUGACAGUCUAUCUACUCCUCAAUCUCCAAAUAACUGUGAUUACGAACGUCGAUUGAAGCAGCUAAGACGUCAUACCGAUUGGUGUUGGUUGAAUGCUUGUCUCGGCAUCGUCGAGGGUGAUAAUACACCCGUGGAGGCUUAUUUAGCAAGCGGUGGUAAUCCUGCCCGUCAAUUGACACAUUCUGAGGUUUUACUCCUCAACAGAAGCAGCGCGUUUGACGUCGGGCAUACCUUGGUGCACUUGGCUAUUAGGUUUCAAAGGGAAGACAUCCUGGCAACGUUGUUAUCGCAAAUAGAGGGCUCUGGUUCAGGAGUGAAAAGGGUACCGAGCUAUGUCGCACCAGAUCUUGCGGGACAAAUACGUCGGCAUGUCACGAACAGUAUACGUUUACGCAAGGGCUCGUUUUCAUGUUAUUUUGUCACUGAUAUGGCUACCUUUGCGUUACCAGCCGAGGUUGAGGAUUUACCGAGCAUUGUACAAGAACAAAUGUUAGAAGAAUUGUUAGAUAAAGAAGCUCAGCAGCAACUGGAAGGUGGUGGCGACGAACCGCCAGCUUUAAACUGGUCCUUGGAAAUUACGGAACGAUUAGGCAGCCGCUUACACGCCCUUUGGAACCGAUCAGCCGGAGAUUGCCUUUUAGAUUCAGCUAUGCAGGCGACCUGGGGUGUUUUUGAUAGGGACAACGCUCUAAGAAGGGCGCUGGCCGACACUCUGCAACAAGCCGGGCAAUUCUUUUACCCUCGUUGGAGAGAAUACGAAGCCUCGCAGGCAGCUAGAAUGUUGGAUUUUACUUUAGAAGAAACACAAUGGCAAGAAGACUGGGAGAGUUUGUUGGCAACGGCUGCUCAACCUGGAAGCGCGUUAGAACAAUUGCAUGUAUUUGCCCUCGCGCAUAUUUUAAGACGACCUAUUAUUGUGUAUGGAGUCAAGUAUGUCAAGAGUUUUCGCGGUGAAGAUAUAGGCUAUGCGAGAUUUGAGGGUGUGUAUCUCCCUCUCUUGUGGGAACCUUCAUUCUGUAUCCGUUCGCCGAUUGCUCUGGGUUACACUCGUGGCCACUUUACGGCGCUCGUCCCAAUUGAGCCAUAUGCCUCAUCCAGAAUACCACCCCUUGCAGCUCAUGGUGUAGUGAGCGGCAACAACAGUCCUCUUGAGCAACUGCAAAUUCAGAUGCAGACUACUUUUAUGCCUUUGAUGGACCGUGAGCACAAGCUUCUGCCAAUACAUUUUCUUACAGCGGAUGAGAUCGGUCAUGAGGAAUCUAUUUAUAAAGAAUGGUUAGAUGUAUGUAGAACUGAGGGUGGAAUUCUCGUUGCACAGCAGAAACUUCAUAAGAGACCGUUACUCGUGGCGCAGAUGCUGGAAGAAUGGCUGAAUCACUAUCGUAGAUUAGCUCAAACCAACGAAGCACCCUUCUCGAGACCACCAACAUUACAAGAUUAUAGCAGCGAUGGUGAUACCGAGGACGAGUAACUAAUAAGUAGUAAUAGUAAUUAUUCACGCAUUGACACGAGAAGCAUUAUGUUCUCACAAGUCUAUCUUUGAUGGGAUUAGCAAAUUAUAAAAAAGAAAAAGUGAAGGUUGUAUGUAUUUUAUUUUGUGAACUUGAUAAAUGAAACAAACACACACACGCACACACACACACAACACAACACAACACAACACAACACACAACACAUAACAACAACGAUAACACACAUACACAGAAGGUGUGCGUGCGGUAUGUGCUAUGCGCACAUGUGUAUGCGUGUGCAUUCAGUGGCAAUGUACUUUUAAAAUCGAAUUAUUAUGUAUCAGGUAUCCUGUAUAAAAAUUGCAAAGUUUGUUCAGACGUUUACGAGUAAACAUUUACGUGAAUUGGAUACUUCCGUAAUUAAUUUCUUCAUCAUUGAUCAAAAUUUUCCGGUUUAAAAAAGUCAUGUAUUUAUUUCAAAUUGUUAGUAAAAUAAUCGUUCUAGACACUUUCUUAAUUGGUGAAUGCGAUUACGAUUUAGCAAUCUUCUUCAUCAGAAGAAGUAUUUUUCAACAUAUUUUCUUUCUUUCUGUACACGUGUGCGUGCGUGCGUGUGUAUGUAUGUGUCUGUGUGUGCGCGCGUGCGCGUGUUGUAUGAAAGUAUAUGGAAAUAUUAGAUUACAUAUAAAUAAGCGUUGUACAAUUCAUUGUCUGAAACGGAAGUGGAGAGGAGAUUGCGUUUGUUAUACAUUGUCGUUCGCAUAACAGAAAUUUAAAUAUUAGGCUAUUAAAGAACAUUUUUUUAACAAAUACUCUGUACAAAUAUAAAUGUGUGCGAGAGAAUUUAGAGUAAUUUUUUUCUUGCGAAAAUGCGGAAUCUUGUAAAAGCAGAAGAAGUUUUCGAAUAUUCUAUUUGCAUUCUAGUAUUGCAAUGAACAAAAUGAUGCAGGAUGUUACUUAAUAUGAUUAUUUUCAUGCCAAUUUUCCCUAAAUAAAAUAAUGGAGAAUGUUGAUGCACCGAUGCUAUUUAAAAUUAUUGUACAAUAUGAUACUUAUUUAAAGAUGUAUUAUUUAUAAAAAGACUUUAAUCUAUAAAUUAUCUUUAAAAAUUUUCUUGAAGAUUAAGUUAGAAGGUUAGUUAAAAAUUAAUAUAUAUUUAAUUUUUAAUUGUUAACUAGAGAAGAUAAAUUAUAUUCUGUCGCGAAAAUUUAUUAAAUUGUUUUAUAUUAUUUAUAUUAGAGAUUCCUAAGUAUCAUUCGUAUUUGCUAAUUUUACAUUUAAGUGGCAAAACAUUACAUUAUGGCAAUUAGUAAUUUAAUAAUAUAACUCUUCUGUAUUUGAAAACUCUGUUAUUGAGAUUUAAUAUAAGGCACUCUGUAUGAUCACGCAAAUAAAAUGUGAUCCUCGAUGAUGAUAAUCUAGAAAGGUUAACAAAUUUAAUGUAUAAUUGUUUCCAACUUUUUUCAUUUGUUACAAUAGUUAUAAUAGUUGCAUUAAAAAAUUCAAACAGCUCAAAUGUAUGUAGAACGUUCUGCCCUCUAUCAACAGAGAUUGUGUGGCUUUGUGUUUAUCUUCUUGAUAUAGUGUGUUGAUACAAAAAAUAAUUAAUACACUUUAAAAGUUACAAAAGCUUUUUGUCCUCUAUGCGAAAAUAGAUUCUUCUUUAUGCGAGAAAAUGUAACAUAUAAUACAUUUUUGUUACACGUUGAAUUCUUUGCACUGUGUUAAAUAUUAUAUUAGCUAAUACUUUACGAACUUUUAUAAAAAAGCGAUGAGGAAGAAAUUAAAAAGGAAUCCAUAGCAUACAUAAUUUUAAGUACUAGAAUUACUUUAUUGACAUGUAAUAGCAAGUAUAGAUAUCUAUAUAUAUAUAUACGCGCACACACACGCGCGUGCACGCACGCACGUACGCAUGCACGUACGCACGCAUGCACGCACGCACGCACUCACGCACGCACGCACGCACGCACUCACGCACGCACAUGACACAUAUAAUAAUGCAUUAUAGUGAACUAAUGAGUGAUUGUAAGAAAUCCUUAAUCAAAAAAGUACAAAAGAUUACUAGAAUGUUUCUUCGGAAACGGAACUUCCUUAUCUUCGUUUUUCGACGUAAUAAUAAUCUUUGUUUCUACUAACUUUCGUAACAAGUAAUAUCUAGUCCUUUUUGCAUAUUUGCUUUAUAUCGCGAUUAAUUUCUUGCGCAUUAUUGCGUGAUCGAAAAUCCAUGUAGCAAAAUUAACAAGAAAGACUCGAAAGAGGUGGGAACCGGCAUUUUGAGAAACUGGUAUCAUUUGGUCGAAAUCAGAUUUAAAGUUAUCUAUUAGAUUUUAAUCUUUUAAUUUCUAAAAUGCCAUCUUUCAUUGAAAUUGAAACUUAAAAGUAUAUUUGCAGAGAUAUAAAAUGUAAAUUUUUAAAUAUAAAAUAUAUAAGUGUGUAAAAAUAUUUUAUCUCUGUUGUUUUCUUAUAUUUAUACACGAGGAAUUACUCUCUUUUUCACAAUCUGUAUCGGGAUUGAUUUUUGCUAUGCUUUAUAUGCUAUGAAGUAGAAAAUAAAAGAAAAUAAUUUCUUCAAUUAAUUUGUAUUGCCGCAAGAAAAAGAAAAAAUUUUUCGAUUCUAUAUUUACAUAAAUCACAGAGUUAUUUCAAUAAAUUAAAAUUGUCUUUUUUUGUCUUUUAUUUUUUCAUUAUCCUCCCGAACAAUUAGAUUCUCUUCCCUCUUCCCCCUUCCUUCUUUCCUUCUUUUCUUCGUCUUUCUCUCUAUCUCUCCCUCUCUAUUUCUUAUGAUGAUAAUUAUGUAUGACAAACUUUUCAAGUGAGUCGUCAAAAUUACAUUGGUUUCCGAUUUAAAAGACAUAACAAAUAUAAAUUAAUUUGCAGCGUCAUAUUUGUGAAAAAGAUGAAGUUUAUUAUUACCAUUGUUAUUAUUAAUAAUAUAUAGUACAUCGACGAUCAUUUCCAUUAUUAUUAUCAUCAUUAAGACACUAACUGUAUAAUAAAUCCGUUAUUUAUAAGGUCCAUAUUACAUACCAACUUGUAUCUAGAACAAACUUCAUAAAACAAUUAUAGAUAUAGACCAUUCUUGUUUUAAACUUUUUCGUUACAAAAGGAUGGUAAUAUUGGAUUUUACAUAAAAAAACAAUAAGGCUCUUCUUCGAUUAUUUGACAUUAAGUAUUUAACAAAUAUUAGAUGCAAAGUAGUUGGUUGUUCUUUUUUGAAGAAAUUGAACAUUUAUUCAUGUUUUUUUUUGAGAGAGGAUUCGUUAACUGCUCGAUGGAUGGAGGAAAGUAUUAGAAAAUAAUGACAAAUAUUCAAAGAGUUGACAUGUGUUUUUAUUGUUUUGUAAUAAAGGCUGAAUUUCUUCAAAAAAGCACUGAAUUAACUUGUACAUCUAAUAGUUAAUAUUAUCUUUAAUAAUAUUUAUAGUAAUAUGUGAGUAAUGUUUAUAAUACUAAUAGAAAUGUGCAUGCAUAAUAAUCUAAUGAGACAUAACAUUAUACGUGUGUAUGUGUGUGUGUGUGUACACGCGUGCGUAAAAUAUAUCAAUUUAAAUUGUGUAUAUCUUAUUUGAAUUUGAUAAUAGAAAUAACUGAAGUUAUUAUUAAUAUUAUUAAGUCAUAUUGAACUUUAACAUAUAUAUACUGAUUUUUAAUGGGUACGAUAAAUUCAUUUGACAGUGUAGGAAGAAUUGUAAAAAAAGAUUAAAUAUAACGAUGCUCGUUGGAAA